AUGCCCGCGAGUCACAUUGUCGCUGGGCGGCGCUGUGCACGCAGCAGUGAGGAGGGAGAGAGGGAGGUGGGGUCCCAUGGGCCCCCGGGCGACGCAGUGCACGCUGGAGAGGGGCGGGGCCUGAGGGGUGUCGUGGGCCUCUGGGUGGCCCUGUGCACGCCGGGUGAUGGAGUUCCCCUGGUGGGACCUGCCUCUGUGCCCCUGCGCCCCUUCCCCGGCAGGUGUCCCGGGAGCGAACGCCGAGGACGAGGACAGCGCGGCCGAGCCGGGGCCCCUGCGCAGACGACCGGAGCCGGCGAGAAGCUGGGGAGCGCCGGGGAGAAUGACCCACAAGAUGAAAAUAAAAUUGGAAUUGACGGAAUUCAACAGUUUUGUGAUGACUUAAGCCUGGAUCCUGCCAGCGUCAGCGUUUUGGUCAUUGCGUGGAAAUUCAGGGCAGCGACGCAAUGUGAAUUUACCAAAAAGGAAUUUGUAGAUGGCAUGACAGAGCUCGGGUGUGACAGCACAGAGAAGCUGAGGGCCCUUCUGCCGAGGCUGGAGCAGGAACUGAAGGACACGGCGAAGUUUAAGGAUUUUUAUCAGUUUACCUUCACCUUUGCUAAGAACCCCGGGCAGAAGGGUUUAGAUUUAGAAAUGGCUGUUGCAUACUGGAAUUUAGUGUUAUCUGGAAGGUUUAAAUUUUUAGAUCUUUGGAACAGCUUUUUAUUGGAACAUCACAAAAGAUCAAUCCCAAGGGACACUUGGAACCUUCUGCUAGAUUUUGGAAAUAUGAUUGCAGAUGAUAUGUCUAACUAUGACGAAGAAGGAGCGUGGCCUGUUCUGAUAGAUGAUUUUGUAGAAUAUGCACGGCCAGUCGUGAUGGGCGGUAAGCGCCGCCCUUUCUAG